AAGUCGGAGGGGGGAGGGGAGAGAGUGUCCAGCCGCUCGCGAUGCGCUCCCGACGCACAGCAGCGCGCAGGAGGGCUUUCAGGUCCGUGACAGCAGCCGGGGGAGAGACACGGACAAAUAUUUGAUCGUCCCCACAAUAACCUCUCUUCGUCGGCAGCCGGAGGAAGCUGUCCUCUUGGCUCUCUGCAGCUGCUGCAGCUCUCUGCCUCACGCACCGGCCCGGUUAUGUGAUGGAUGUUGGAGUCCAGGAGAGCCUUCCUUCACCAGGGAACCGCGGUGAUGAUGAAGAGCAGGUCUCUGCCGCCGACCAACAAGUUCGCUUUCUCCGUGCAGACGACGCUCAGGAGGGAAUAAAGGAGCCUCUUUGAGGGAUUUAAAUUACUUCUUGGCAAAUUUCUUCCAGUUGUUGCUGUAUGUACGAUGAGAUGCGGCUAUAAGUAUGCUUCAGCUCAGCUCCGGAUUCUACAUGUUGCCCGGCUGAUGCAGCUGCUGGAUUGGGCUCCUUUCCUUCUCAUAUUUGGAGUUAUCUUAACAUCACAUCCAGGUCAAAUGACCGUCUAAUGUCCGUACUGAGUGUGACGAGCCUUACUGUGACAUGGAAAAAACGGGACUCUUCAGCCUCCUUUAUUACUUUAUUCUCAAUUCGCCCUUUACGAUUUGUGCAAAUGCUGCUUUUACUGAGGUCCCGAAAGAUGUGAGUGUGGGGGAGGGAGAUGAUGUGGAGAUGCCCUGCGCCUUCAAGGCUGUCAGCUCAACACCAAUGUCUUUGGAGAUCCAGUGGUGGUACCUGAAGGAGGAUGUACCUAAAGAGCUGCCUCAUGAGCUGCAGAUCAGUGCUCCAACUAACAGAGCCAAGGUGGGUUCGAGAGAAGCCACAAAAAUUAGUACUGUGCGUGUUCAGGGCAAUGCCAUCUCUCACCGCCUCAGCCUGUCCAAGGUGAAGAAGGAAGAUGAGGGGGUGUAUGAGUGCCGCGUUUCUGAUCUGUGGGCAGAUGAGACUCAGGAAUUUACGGUUCAUGCCACACUGCGUGUCACACCUGGCGACGGCAUGGUGGCGGAGGAGGCUGUGUCACAUAUUCAGAACCGCUGGCCACUGAGGAAUACUAACACAGCCCUGGGAGGGGGCGCAGCAGGAAGGGCCACCUCUGAACCCGGCCAGGGGCUAACAGGAGGUCAGAGGUCGGGACACGGGAAGCACCGGGUCCCUCAGCAGGCCCAGCCCGGCCUCCUUCCAUCCAUCUCAUCCACCACUGCCUCGGUGGCCAAGUCAUCAGCCUCACCGCUGCCAGGGAACGCAGCCGUCCUCCGGCAGCAGAACAGGGCUGACUGCAGCAUGAUGAGCACCAUGGACCCCCUCCUCUGCAUCACGCUACUGUUCCUGCAUAAGCUGCUCUCCUUCCUGUUGGCCCACUGAAGAGACUUCAACCAAAUUUAUGUUGACCUGCAACUUCUCACUUUCUAUACCAAACAGAAACCAAGUGGCAGUCAGUGCCCACCAGGGAGAGAGGGUCACAUUUAAUUGAUGUUGCAACACAUCACCGCAGGGAAUGAAAGCAAUGCAAUGCAGGAGCUGGACAGGACUGGAAAAAAAUGAAGGAGAAAGAAGCUCUUCGGACAUGAAAUGGAGAUGAAGCUAUGUGACUGACAGAAAAGUGUGGACAAGAGAAACUAGCUUUUGGGUGAAUGAUGGGAGCAUCAAUACUGAUCCACAAACAGCCUGUGAAGCGUGACCACAUGCAGGGCUGCUUCUGCGCUGCUUCAUGCACAGCCCUCCUGAAACACUCCAGUCACAUUUCUUUGUAGCAUUUCCACUGUGUGUUCUGUCCAUAUAACCAUACACAUCACUUCACUGUGAGUCCACUGUUCAUCUGAACAUAGUCAGUGUCAUUUGUUAUAUAGAAGACAUGUGACCUCAUGUGUUUUUUUUUCUUUGGAGGGAAUGAUUUGAUGAGCAUGACCUGUCCAACGUACAGUAUGUGACAUAUUUUUCUGCAGUCAUGUCAGGCCUCUUCAUAAUACAGAGCUAAUGUUCGAAAAGUAUUAGUCUAAUGUGUCAUGUCCACCACCUCCUACAUACACAUACUUUUGUUCUCAUAGCUGUGUUCCAUAAUGUAAUCAGCAGAUGAUAAGCUGAGAUAUUUUGAGUAAGAUAAGGCCCACCUUGUCAUUGUUGUUGUUAAUCACCUCCAAUAAUGUUUAUUUUUAUUAAAUUUACAGUGAUCAAAGUGACACAUUUCAUUUCUAUGAGAGAAAAUGAUUUAUUAGUAACUUGCAACAGAAGUUAAGGUGAAAGUUUAUUGUUUUUGUAAUAAAAGGUAGAUUACAAAGA